AUGUUUUCGUUCAAGGUUACAUUCUAUUUGGAAAAGUAUAUUUUAUGUUGGCCGGAUUACACGAAAUUCGUCCCUAAAAAGCAUCAUGCCCUUGUCUGGUUCAUGAAAGCUUUGAGGUACGUUGAUCAAAUAUUUCUACUUUCAGGGAUCAGAAUGUGUUCAACCAACAAAUUCGUCAAGAUCAAUCUUUUCAUGUCCAACGACCAUCGCUCACGUUUUCAAAUCUUUCGAAAAUAAUGCUUUUCAGGGGAUGCGAGGUGAAUCAAAUAUUCACGCACAACAAGCACAAAUAUGAUUACAAUCGGGAUUUUCAAAGGCGUUUUUUGAAAUAUUCAUACGCCCUGGUAUUUUUCGAAAAAAAAUAAGCGAUACAUUUUUCUUCAGAUAUGUGAUAGAGGCAGUCAAAUACCUCAGGAAAACCAUUUUUUCCUUUACGUUUAUUCUUCACUCUUCAAUAUAUUAUAUCAAACCAGAAAUGAUGACAGACAGUAAGUUCAAGGAUUCCUGUUAGAAAAAAACUUGACUUCAGACACGUUUGUGAUGAAAUUUCUGCUGUUUAUGCAGAUUUAUACGGUAGAUGUUAUGUUCCUCAUGUCGAAAAAAACGACAAAAAUAAAAAUCAAAGAGGUUGAUUUUUUUAAAUUAUAUAAAUGUAAUAGAAGUUUCCAGAGAUGCAACGGGCCUUCCGCUCCACUACUCAAAUUUCAGGACUUUUUCCAAAGAUUUUCCAGAGGUUAAACUUUAAAUUCGAAUAAUGCCAAUAUAAAGUUCAGGGUGUGACGCUUUCGAAGAAUUUAUCGCUCAAAAUAAUUCACUUUUUAAUUUCGGUGUCACGCUCACCAAUGAUCUCGUCUACAUGAACCUCUUAAGGUAUUCUGUUCUGAUUACCUUUUCGAAAGACUUAUUCAGCUCCCAACUGGUUUCAAAUAUUCACUCGGAUUCAGAACUACCUUCACUUGUCCUAAAAGUGAGAUUAAACGAUUUCUCAAAAAUGAUUUAAUUCAGACACGUCUUUUACUUCAACAUUUUUCCUUGGCUGCGAUCAAGCUGUGGCAACAAAUGCUCGAAGUGAAACAGUAAACUGAUUUCUUGUUUUGAAAACUUUUUCCUCAUAACAAUAGAAAAAAAAAAUCCCCAGAGGAGGGUUUGUCUUUUUUUCAGAUGCCGCCUUGAGACACAACAGCUUUUCUCGGACUCUUUUCUAAAUGAAACUGAAGAGGAAAAGUGAGAAAAAUAAGAACGAACUGGAAUACAAAGAUUUCUGUAGGGCGAUCCGGAUGAGCACGCUAAUUUCUCACAAUUGCUGUCCUGUCAACAACAUGCACAUUUGCGACCUCAAUAAUGAGCGGCGAUACCAGUUUUGACUGUCUUUUCGACUCCUGACAGCUCGAAUUUCAGAAAUUUGGCUAAUAACGCUCAGAAGGGGUUUUACAUUGAAGGCGGCCUUCUAAUUGCAAUUUGUUUCAACACUAUUUUGCUGGCUUACCUUUUAUUGAAGGUGAGAAAAAAGUAAAGAAGCUCCUUUUGAUUUUUGAUAUUAAGAAACAUUUUUUAAACGAAAAAAAUAUUGAAAAAAAGGGCUAAACUAUUGAAAUAUGAAUACUCGAAUUUAUCAUUUGAUUAUUUAUUAAAUUGAAAAAAAGAAAAAUUAAAGUCUAUCAGAAGCCAAAGGCUUUCUGUUGAAAAAAACCUUUUUUUCAUCUGAUUUCAAUAAAAAAACGGAAAACUCAAAAAGAAUUUUUUUCAGACUCGACGGAAUCUUUCGACAGCCACUGUUCUUUUCGUCUUCAAUAUUAUGUUUUUCAAAUAUCCUUUUUUUAUGUUUUCCUUCACCUUUUUCUUUUCGGACUUUCUAGGAAAUGACCCAUAUGGAGCAGUGAAUGAAGAUGUGAGUUUUUUUUUUUCAACGAAACUUUGGGUUAUUUUCAGUACCAAGAGAAAUCACCAGAAUUGGUGAUUGCGGAAACGCUUCAAACACAUUUGUUUGCUUCGGCUGAAUUUCGGCAUGUUUUUUUUUGAAUCACCUCUUGGAAAGAAAGUGGGGGCUCAAUUUACGUCUAGCUUUUUAACAAAAAAAAAUAUUGAGACCAAGAGAUCGGAUAAAAAGAGAAUGGAAACUAUAAAUUAAUUUUCAGAAAACAUCUUAUACAAGAAACGUUGUAUUCAUUGGCGCAAAACGGCAGUCUUACGGGUUUAAUUCAUCUUCUUGUCCUUGUACUAGUAAGCUUUUUUUUGCAAAUUUUUUUUGAAAAUCCUGAUUUACAGGUAGUAAUUAAUCGGUCGAUGUCCGGAAAAUCCAUUCAUCUGUCUCGUUUAUCAGUUAUAAGCGUUUUUGCCUGCGUUUGGAUUUUUCUUAUUGCUUCACAUGCUAUGUUCUCUACGAUGCAAGUGAGUUUUUUUGUUUUUCAUUAAUUUGAUUUCUUAAAGUUUUUCUAGUUAGAUAAAAAUAACAAAAAGAAUUGAAACUAAAUUAAUAUUCAAAAAAGUUCAAACUAAGAACUCUCAUAUUCUUGUAGAUUUAUUCUCUCUUGGAGGAGUCCCUCAGUCUCACUUUCCCGUCAAACUCAUUGCCUUGUCGUUUUUUUUUGUUUUGCGGCCGAUGAGAUGAACCGAUUUGCAGAUGAGCGCCAUACAGAAUCUUGACGAGCUGUUUUUGACGUUGGCUAAAGGCCGAGGAUCACUUAAGUGCAAUCGGUGAGAUAACACACUUGAGCUAAUGAACUCCAAAGAAAUCUCUUUUCUCAAAGAGAUUUCUUCAUUCUGAUCUCAUCCGCCUCCGUUUUCUAAUUACGAUUUGCUUUACAGGACCCUACAUUCUGGAUACGAGGAAAUUGCGUCUCACUGUGAUCGGACUGCAGUGUUUCACGCUUUCGGCGCAUAUCUUCUUCGGGUAUUGCUAUGAAAUCGAAAGAUUAAAAAUAAAACACAUUAUAUUUCGCCCUCAAACGGCUAGAAAGUUUCAAAUAAAAAAAUUACGGAGGUUUUAAUCUGCAUAACCUGUAAUCCCUAAAAAAACUCGCUUUGAAAAAUUUUUUUCUUCUUGGAGAAACUGAUUUUUGACGUUUUGGGUUUUAAUUGUUUCUCUCAGUUUUUCUAAAACUAAACUAAAAAAAGUUUUCAGGGUCAUACAAUGUUUACCGUUCUUUUCUUGUCAGCUUCUAUCAUCAUCUUUGUGAUAACUGUUACUUAUCACCUUAAAGUCAGGCGCCAACACGAGAUCGUACACACCGAACUGCGGUAUUUUGCAUAUCUUCAUUUUGACAAAAAAAAAUUGAAAAUAAUUUUUUUGCUCUUUUAAUGGAUUUAGUCCAAAAGUUUGUGGUUUUCCAGUGCACAAUCGCCUCAUCGCAGACGCGAGAGGCUAUUCCACACUCUCAUCUUGUCGAUCGUCACGUUUUUCUUGUCCGUCAUGGGCCAAACCUACAUCGAAAUCGCCGUGUUUUGGGUCAAUGAGCGCGAGGAUAUUGCUACUUUGUCAAAAUGGUUUUUUUCUUUUCCCGUGUUUUUUUUUGUUCGAUUGGAUUGAUGAAAUUAUAUGUUGCCGGUUCACAGGAAGGAUGAUCAGAACAAUGAGAAAAAGGAUUAUUUUGAGAGCGUAGUAGAGCUGAUAAGUAUUAUAUUGUCAAGCUGUUUUUGGAAAAUCACGAUGAUUUUUCAAUAAAAUUCAAAAACUUUUGGGAAACUGAGGAACAGAAGUAAAAUUUCAAAAUUCACGGAUGAAGUGAGAUAUCAUAAGAUUUCCUAUAAAAUCAAUUUUAACUUUAUAGAAAAAUAAUAUGUCUUAAACUAAUGCUUGACAGGUACCACUACGCUCGAAUUUUGGCUUUUGUCGAUCCUGUUCUGAACCCUUUGAUAGUUGUCGCCAGAACACCAGCUUUAAGAAGACAGGUACGUUCCAUUCGGAAUUUUGAACUUAAUUUCAAAAUUAAGCUACGGUCGCAAUGGACAAGUCUUAGAUCUCGGGCUUCUUCCAAAACACGUUCCAGAGAUGGAAACAGCAGGGGUGACAAAUCUUCUUCAAGGUUUUGAACUUUUGUAAUCUGUUAAAACUGGAUCGUUAGAAAGUUGUUAAGAAGCUCAAAACGGAAAAACGUGAGCUCUCGGAAAAAAGAGCUCGAAGUAAACAUGCCGCUCAAAACGGAUCGACCUGUAAGUUGAAAAUAUUUUAUAGUUUGGUUUUCUUUUUAUUUUUUUUUGCUUCGCACGUUUUCGGGUCAUUUGCAGUGGUGGUAUUCAGUGAGACUGAUUUCGGAAAACCCAAAAAAUAAAGGUCUGCAAACGGAGCAGUGUCGCCCACAAAAGUAUCGUGGUGCUUAAUGAAUAAGAUUUCCGCUUUUUGUUGUGAGUUUGCUUUCUAUCUUUCGUUUUUCAUUUUUUUCCGAAUCAUUUUUUUGGUUGCGGCUGCUAAUUCUUUCAGAAGUACAAAAGUAACUUUUUGGAGCUGCAUGACGGUCGAAUCAUAAAAAAAAAAUUUCAAAACUUAUAUAGAUCGAACUGAACUUAAUUCACAGUUUCAAAAUUACAGAUAACAAGAACGUGUUCCUUGCGCAGAAGCCAAGAUUCGCAGACGCACAACUCAGUAGUUUGAACCUUCCAUGUAAAUCCCCUCAGUCCCCUUAAUGCGUGUUUUUUCUUGAAGAUCUCGUCCAACUUGUCAAUCAAUAAUCAAUUCAGUGAUGCUCUCAAUAUUUUUCGAACUUGCAUGCUUUCGAAUAAACUGUUUCAAAAACCUGUCGAAAAGCUUUUCGUAUCCUUAAAAAAAAUUAAAAGACAGUAAACUUGUUUUUCUCGGUAAGUCAAUACAAACCAUAACACCAAACUGGCUGCUUACAAUUCCAAUUAUGUUUUUUCUGGACAUUUGCUUGAAAUUCUCGCCCGCCUGCGAUGAUAAACGCCGCUCGUCGUCUUAGCCUAUCCCACGCAUCAGAAAUCAAACGAAAAUGACGCAUCAGACUUGAUUUAUUCCUUCUCAAGCGGAAUGAUAAAAUCUAGCUAGCUAUUUUCUCAUCAAAUUGUUGAAAAAUGCUGUCAAAUGCCGCUUGUUCUGAGAUCGAAAAGAAAAGUCGCGACAAAAGUUUUUCUGAAAUUUUUUCCGCGAAGUUCAGUAGCUUAAUUAUGUCGCGGACCGUUGGUUUUCACUUUUUUCUAUUCGCAACAAAAAAAUCAGCAAAAACUUCGGCCUUAUAUAUCAAUCUGCUCGUGGGCCAAAGAAGGAGUUUUUGAAAAAAUUUUCAGCGAAUGGCAAAACCCCAUUUAGAACAGCUCAUGAAGAUUUUUGAUUUCAAGAAAAACGGGAAAAUUUUUUUCACGCCUGGCCUCUUUCAUUUUUUUAAUUGUUUCUUACCCAUAUUGGCCUUUCCCAGACAUUCUGCAUACUCUAGGUUUCGAUGACUUCAUCGAGAGUAAGUUUUGCAGAUUGAAGAACGUUCUAAGUUUAAUUGCUACUCUUUUGCUUUUCUCUGAUUUCAUCCGUUGAGCCUCACAUUUGGGUCUUAUGAAUAUUCUGAUCCUCUCAAAGUUCAGGAUGUCGAAAAAAUCACUGAAAUUGAGUUCAGGGGAGAAAGAUAAAAUAUUCUGUUUGCAAAUGUUUCUUUUCAUCGCUUGUUUCAAAAUCAAGCUUAGUCAGAUGUUGGCAUCUCUGCAAAGCUCCUUGGCAGCGACAGGAAGCGAGUGAUCGGACCUCUGAAGCCAAACUGGGUCAGAUUGAAACGAGGCCGCUCUAGCCGCCGCAGGCGACGAAGGAGACCAAGAGCGGGGAGAAUCAGCCGGUGGCUGCGGCGUCGGUGACGGCGGCGUCGGCGGAUUUCGAAUCGGAGGACCGGUGGUUGAGAAGAAAGACAGGAGGAAGGCCGUUCCACGAACUCCGCCCACCUCUUCGUGUCAACUUAUCCUUAUCUCGCAGCCGACCCACCCGAAUCGACAGCACGGCCUCACGCCGCCUUUUACUUUCUGUUUCCAGAGAUGAAGCACCUCGGCUUGCUUCUGCUCCUUGUUCAAGGUCUGAUUUUUUUUUUGUUUUCUGUCGAAAUUCAUAUCUCGAUGAAGCUUUUUUUAUGCGCGACAAGCUCAAUUUCUCUUUUUUUCGUGAUUUUUCUGAAAGUUAGUUCAAAUUAUUCGAUCAUGCUUGUUGAUAUUUUCUAGCAUCUUUUUUAAUUUUUUCAGGAUAGUUUCUUUUUUUUCUUUCUAACUAAAUCUCAACUUUUUUUCUCCAAUUUCGUUCAAGACCAAGUUCAUCAGCGUUUUUUUGAGAUAAUCCUUAGAUUUUCAAUUUGAGAAAUUUUUUUAUCGCAUUGUUUCCCUUUGAAUUCUUUUUAAACAACGUUUCAAAUCUCUUUUGAAUUUUUUUGCAAGGAUUCAUAAUAUCAGUCGACUCUUAGUUCUUUUUAGAAUGCACUGCCUCUGUUUUUUCUAGUAAAUUUGAACUUUGAAUCAAAAAAAAAAUUUUUUUCAAAACGGAGCGUUACUUUAUUGAAGCUUUCUUUUUUUAGAUUUUGAAUAGAUCAAAUUUGAAAAAAAGGCUAUCUACUUGUGUCCAUUUUUGAUCAAACUGUCUUGAGUUGAUUUCAGGAGAUAAUAGUUUGUUAUUCAAAACUGUUUAUUUUGUUUAUUCCCUUUUUUUGAAGUUUUUUACCGACUAUCUCGACUUAGUCUUUUUUUUCUCCUAGAAUGAUCUCUGCCCUUUUUUCCAUUUUGAAUUAGUGAAACACUCAAACUGGACUUACCCCUCUCUUUUCAACCUAUUCAUAUAGACUCGACUCAAGCGAAAAAAAGUCAACCCUGGCGAUCCGCGCAAAAAAGAAGCCUCGACCACAAGAAGGAAACAAAACCAGUUUAGGCAGUCCUGGGUGCGGUUCACAUAAGCAGUCAUCCACAAAAAAUGACUUUUAUGGGGUUUCCCUUACAAGUCUCAUCGGGCAAAGGCUCCGGAUCCAAUUCUUAUUGUAGUUUGAAGAUGAUUGAUUUGAAAGGAGUCGUGGAGUUUCAAUCUUCAAACCAUUUCGCAAUAGAAAAGUCAAGCGCAAGCCAGGAAAAUUUUUUUCGUUUUUUUUGUCGGCAUUCGCGCUUUUACAAAAACACAGCUUCCAAUCUUUCAAACACCUAAAAAUUUUUAUAAGGUCACACUUUCAGAGUUUGCUUUAUUAACUUUUUUUUCCUAAAAUGUCCAAAUCAAACAGAGUUAAAUCAGGAGAUAUUCAAGCACUAAUACGGGCAUUGCCGUACGUUAUUGACAAAAAGUUUCCCUCUUAUUCUCAUCGAGAACUUCCACAAACUUUAGGAUACAUUUAAAGUUUUUAGCUUUUUUUUAUUAUUUGUUAGAUUUUCUAGACAUUUCUUUUCACUCGCCCAAUUAUUUCGUUUGCAAACGUUGUAAAAUAUUAUUGUAGACUAUGUUUUUUCCCAGUGUCGGUUUUAUAUGUCGAUUCUGGCCCUUUUGAAUAACCCAUCUCAUUUCAAGGAUUCUAGAUCGUGUUCAUUGUGAAAAACAGGUUUAAAGACAUCGGAAACAAUUGAAAAAUUCUGCGUUGAAAUUUUGGGAGAUGAAUAGUGCGAUAUCGGGGAAAUCCGUGAAAACGGUCGAGAAUCUUUAUGAUGCUUUGGAAGAGCUGAACCGGUUGACGAUUCCAAUCUCGGCGGCUUUCAUUCUUGGAACACAACACCGCAAACCGUUUCACGAGAAUAAAUCCGAGUACAUUCCGAGGAAAAGAUAAAAAACAUAGAAUCGUAAUGAAUAUUCUGUAGGCAGUUGAUUAUGUGAAACAGUAAAUAUUUGUGGAAUUCUGUAUGACUUACUUCAUUUUUUUUAAGUUCCUCCACCCGUGGCGUCUUUUGCAACCUUGAAGAGAAAGUGUCUUUUUUCAGGCGGAUUAACCUGCUUCCCCACUUCGCAAAGGUCGUAUCAGUACGGAACGCCGACGCAGCAAUUUGCUGGGGUAAAUUUUCCGGUCAAUUAUUUUUCUAAUCAACCAUCACAAGUAUCACUGAUAUUGAGAAUGCUUUAUGAUACCGUGAAUGCACUAUUCGAAACAAUUUUCCUAACAAAUGAAUUGUGUUCACCUGUUUAUUAACAAUCCGAAUUUCAAAACUAUGCAUGCGAAAGUUGGAAAUAUUUCCUGUUUGAAAAAAAGUUACCAAAGGGCAAAAGUACUUAAAAACCAAAUUUCCGCAACCUCAUUUUUAAGUAUAUUCAUACUAUUUCGAAAAAAAAUCCCUUGAUCUUUAAAAAAAUAAUUAUACUCGGCAAUCGUUUUAAAACAGACAGAGAAAAAAAAUUGGAAAAAAUUGUAAAAUAACAGAUUUUUCAUUUUGAAAAUGAGGCUAAAGCAAGAAUGCAUGCGCUCGGCUUCAAAUAACCAUUAGCGUGUGAUGUGAAGGAGUGAUGACGUAACAGGAAUGGUGCACGCUCUAACCAGGUGUCAAAUGCAGUGCACUCCACAAUGCUGCGGUUGUUCUCAGGCGCAACAGCCCGUUGCCGUCCAGCCGCAGGUCGUCGCCGCUGGAGCUCGAAUCGCUCCUGCUGGCCACAAUCAGCCAAUUCCAGUUCAAGGCAGCUCUUUUGAGUGUUAGUUCUUUCCUUUAAUCCAAUUUAUCAAUGAAAUAUGUGAGAAUAAACUGGGUAGAUGUGAGAAUUGUUUUAGCCUUUUAAUACUAGCGACAGAACCAAAUGUUCAAUUAUAGAAUUGGCAGUCUCAAGUGCAGCAUUAUUUAUUCUGUUCAAGCCAUCCGGAUUCAAUCAUUUUUGCUAAACUUUCUGUCUCUUUCUGAACGUAUUGUUAGAAUUCUUCUUUUUUCUCAUCUUGCGCUGGUUCAUUCGGAAUUAAAGGAGUAAUAAGCCCAAAAAUUUUGACUUUAAAGUGAAAAAAAUCGACAGGAAGUUUUGAAAAUUGUUCUCUCAUUGAUCUUUUGAUAUAAAAAGGAAGAAACUUGAAUCAUUAUAAGAAGCAGUAGAAUAAGCUUUAUACAGCCGAUUAAUAUCCACGUGCCCAUAAAAAGCGACCAUAACGGUGCGCCUAAGCUGAAUGUGAUCUAUUUUCUUCGGUUUGAAGAAAAGAGGUGAAUCACAGCGGGAAUUCUUGUCUUUUCAUCCAUUUCAAAGGCAACACCCGUAUCGUUGACCUCAUCCUCUCAAAUCCUUCCUCCAAUUUUGGAUCGCAGACAAAAUUCAAUCGCAAGUAUUAUGUUUUGGAUAUUUGGGUAAAAUUGUUUUGAAUCUUUCAGCAUCUUACCAAAAUAAAAUUAUAUUCAGGGAAAACCUACUAAAUUGGAAAAUUUUAAUGGAUUCUUGGUUUAAAAGGGAAGUUGAUCUGAAAGACGGAAAAAAGUGGAUUUGAAGGGUCUGUCGGCGUCAAACGGGAGACAUGUCUGGUUGCACUUUAACUUGCGCGCAAUAUUUCGCAAAGAAAUUCCAGCGAUUGGUCACUCCAACGAUCCGAUUAAUGAUCUUUCCCGAAUUAGCAGAGUGACUGGCCAUGUCUGCUUCACUUCUCGUUUUUUUUGUGAUUUCCUUGAAUGGUUAAGAUGCUUGAAAUUUUUAAGAAGCUUGAUAGACAGGGUGGAUUUUGGUAGGGAAUUCAUUCAGAUAGGCGUAAAUAUUGAACAAUAAAAAAGAAAUUUAAUCAAAAAAUGAUUUGAAAAAUAUAGCCGGUCCAAUUUUCUCAUUUUUAUGAAUUUGAAAAACAAGCUCACGAGUGUGUAAGGUGAGCAUCGCAGAUAUGGUUCAAACUUCUGUGUUAGGUAGUCUCAGAUAUGAGUACUCAUGAAAAAAAAAAGAAUUAUCUGCUAAGCGUCAUAGGGUACCGAGAAAUAGACUGUUAAAACUGUACAAGAAAUGCUCAAAAACGAAUUCUCAUUGGGUUUUUUUGUAAAAAAAAGUUUCUCAACAUGCAGUGAAUAACAGUAGACGUUUUAGUAUUAGAAAAACCGAAGAGGAUCAGUUUUUGAGCCUUUUGCGUACAUCCUCGAGAAGCUAUUCCUCAGUACCCUAAGGAGAUUUUUUUUUAAUUUUCGAGUGCUCACACCUAGGACUAUCUACAAAAAAAGUUUGGACCAGACUUGCGAUGUUCACUUCACUCAUUUUCCUUGUCAGAAAUCUUUUCCAGAUAUCUGACACUAUGAGAAUUUUCAGCGCUCUUAGGACAGAAAGUUGCAUUAGCUGAAUUCACCGCUGAUGGCUACAAUGCUGAAGGAGGUGGUCCUGUCACCUCAGGUCAAUUCUUUUCAACACAAAGCCUUCAGCAAAAAUGUUUCAGGAAGUGCUUUGACUUGCAACUUUGACGGACGGCCAUGCUGUUGGGCCAACGUACCUCCUCCAGAAGAUCAACUUGAUUGGCACACUGCCAGCGGAGUUCCAACGCAACUCCAAAAUCGCAAUGUUCCCAUUCCAAGUAAGUUCAUUUGAAGAAACCGAGCUUUGUGAAAAAAGAAAUAUGUUCUCACGAUGAUCUCACGUCAUCGAACUACUGGACUUUCAUCUUUUUUUAUCGUGUUCCUCGCGCCGCAAGAACUCAAUUUCACUGGAGAGUGACCUGAGGUCAAUCCUUCCUUCUGCGGAAAGUAGCCGAAAAAUCGAAAGUUUUAUGAAAGCCAAUCCCCGUCAACAUUCUGAUAGGAGGGGAAGGAUGGUCUCUCUUGGUCUAACUCAAAAAAAAAAAACGAUUUUACAGCUAUCAUCAAAAGUAUUUUUGUUUUUUUUUUGAGAUUUUGUCUUUUUUUUUUAAUUUUGGAAAUCGUUCCAACCUUGUCGACAAUUUAGCUGGCAGCUACCUCGUGGCUUAUGCAAAAGGUGCCGCUCCGUCGGAUGAAGCUCAAUUUGCUUCUUGCUCCAUCGGCUGUGCCUCUAGCGAUAUCAUCGUUCGAGCCAAGUGAGCUCAUCAGGAAGAGUCAAACGGAAGGAAAGAACUUUUUCAGACAUUGGCAGUCCGAAAACGUGCUUUUGCAAGUAUGCCUUCGAGAAUCUUUCCCAACCAACGCCGACCGGAAUCCUCUUCUCAACUGCCAAGAAUUCCCGAAUGUUAAUGGAAUGGGAACCACCGAAGUCGUUCUUCCAAAGACUUCCCUCGUCGAUGUGAGUCAAAUGAAUGAAAAAAGAAUGAGAAGGUUUCUCAGAUAGUUUUCGUGGCUUCGAACUUUGUGGGUGAGCAAGGAGAUAUUGCUCUUUUAGACGACAUCGAGGUUUCAUAUGAUCGAAAUGGGGAAGAAUGCCAGAAUCAGGUGAAAAACGCAAGGCACACACUUUUCAAAAAGCUGUUUAGUUCGAAGAGGUUGACCAAGAAGUUGAUCAAGAAAACCUGGGAGAAACUUCUGCCAACGCUGGAACUCAAACUCGCACCGCUGCUCAGGGCCAGAAAACCUACAACCAUUGGGUAUUUUAUUUGUUGAUGUUCAUCACUUUUGUAAAAGAAAACCUCCAUUGUGACGUUUAGGGCCCAAAAAGGGCUAUACAUCAAAGUUUAGGCGAAAACGCUCACUAUUUUCUUAUGCUAUGCUAUUUUCUUGUUUUCUCCUUCUUUGUUUUUUUAAAAUUUCUUUUUUUUGAGGAAGGAGCGACUGAGCAAGAAUCAGCGAAAAAACGCGAAAAGCUUGAAAGAAUUCAAGGUGGUGAGGGUCAUUUGGUACCAGCUAGCGAGCGCUUCGGUUCCCAAGGCUUCCGCGGCGGCGAAAAGGCGUUUGGCGGUUCAUCUGACGGUAGGAGAAUAUUAUUGUGUGACUAGACUUUGAGAGAUAACUAGAUCAAUCGCACAUCUCUCAGUUAUCAACAAAAAAAAAGAGAGACACAAAAAUUAUAGGAUCAGCCUCAGGAGGAUCUUGGGGAGCCGCUGGAGCCAAAGAAUCUGUUCAAGUUUGGCCAGGAAACGCUGCAGUUGGUACCGAUCAUGCUGAGGAAACUGUCUUCACCAGUGUUAAAACGUAUUUUAAAACGUUCCAAGUUUAUCAAAAGUUAUACAACUCAGAGCAAAACUUCCUGAUGGGAAAAUUGUUGCCAAGGGCGCGAAGACUGCUGAUUUUAGCGAAUCGAUUUGCAACGCGACAAAAUGUGACUUUGAAAAACGGUGAGAAUUACCAUUUUUUUGAGAAAUUUUUUUGAAAAAAAUUCAAUUCUUUUUGUUUUUGAACAUUCGAACUUGAUAAACAAGUAUAUUUGAGGAAACACUUGCAACUACGUCGAUGCUCACCAAAAACAGUCAAUCCGAGGCCUCACUACUAAGUUCCGAGUAGUCAGCGGCCAGUUCAUGAACAGAGUUACUGGAGUCAAAGAAAGCAUUGGUUAAUAAAACUUUCUAUUCUAUUUUGAUGCGGAAAAUUUUCAGAAGGAGAUUAUUAUGCUGCCACUUUCUUGUUCCCACGAGAAAUGGCCGGACUUGAAGCUACAACUGAACCUUUCACGGAAGUGUCUCGUCUGCGAUUCCAAUACUACGAAGGAACUCAUGGAGUUCAACUUAAAGGUAGGAAACUCGAAAUGUGCGGCGAGUGAUUACUCGAAUUUUACUUCUUUCCAUAUGAGAGCUGCCAGAACUCUAGGACUGCCAAGAAGGGCCUUUUUCGAGUAAUUUUGGGACUGCCAAAUAAAAGCUACUAUCAUGUGACUGCAAAAUGAGAGCUGCUAUCAUGGAACUGCCAAAAAAAUUGUCAUUUACCUGUAACUGUAAUCAUAUAAACUAAUACAUAAACUUCUCAAAAAAAAAAAAGUUUCACACUGUCUCGCGGAUCAUGUUGAGGCUGUGUUCAAAGAUUUUCUCUAGACAGCGGGUAGACAGAUAGAAAAAUCGUCUGCGACAAUUUUAAAUUUGUCAAAUGAUCGGGUCAACGUGGAGCUGUUUCCAGGAUGCUGCUCUACAAUCGAAAACUGUCCUUUUAGUUCUGAUCGUUUCGUGACAGUAUCAGACCGUGUUUGGAAAACGGCUUCAUUCAAAUGUCCGAAAGGAACUGACAAGGUGAUUUGAAAGAUUAAGAUACAUUCAACGUCGUAGUUUCAGGUUAUCUUCCUUUGCGAAAACACGAGAACCAACCAGGGAGCUUGUGCUGUUGAUGAUUUGGGUCUUUUUGAAGCCGAUGGAUCAUUGAAAGAAGCUAAGCCAAUGUGCUAG